UCAAGGUCGUUAACGUAUGUCAACUCUGGCCAACAGCUGUCCAGCGAAAAAAGAAAAUGCAUUUGAAAGAUAAAAGAGAUAAUUAAAAAUCAAUUGCACAGCAAGUGGCCACCGAAAAUAGAGCAAAAGAAGGGGAACACCUCGCCUCAUCCAUUGGGUGCAGUAACUGAUCCGGAGCUGCUCCACUUCGAGUGCAAAUCCGAUUACCACGAAAGUGUGCCAACGCCACAACGCCCCCACCCAAAAAGUUCGUAUAGAAACGCCAGCAGCGGAAGUGGAACCACGCUCCACUGGUCACUGGAAGACACACACAAACUGCCACAAGAUGCACCUCAGCGCGGACAUUUCCAGCGCCCUGCAGCAAAUCGAGGCUGUGAAGAAAGGCAUCGACGAGUCCGAUGACCCCAAACUGCAAAUGCAGACGGCCGAGAGCCUCAACACCAUUCUUGGCAUCCUGCAGGACCCCGUCUUCCGCACCAUCGUCCACGUGCAGGACUCGCUCUCCGAGCUCAAUGCCCAGCUGGCCCAGCACCCGUCCAUGUUGCCCAACGACUUCGACAUAGAUGUGGCCGGCAAUCUUGUGCUCAGCCUGAAUGGCGGCGAGGUGAUGUACGACUUUGAUGACCAGCGCUCCUUGCACUCCCAUUCCUCGCCCGGCGGAAGUCCAGACAAGUCAGGCGAGGAGCCGCGUCCGCAGAGCCAGAACUCCAAGGGAGCUGCUGGCCUGGCCGAUCUGUAUGCCACGGACUACGCCCAAAUCCAGGCCAUAGAACUGGUUAACGAUGGCACCGGGCUGGGAUUCGGCAUCAUUGGAGCUCGCAACUCGGGCGUGAUUGUGAAGACCAUUCUGCCCGGUGGCGUGGCCGAUAGAGAUGGACGCCUACGCUCGGGGGAUCACAUCCUGCAGAUUGGAGACGUCAACCUGCACGAAAUGGUCUCCGAACAGGUGGCCGCCGUGCUCAGGCAGUCUGGAACGCACGUCCGUCUGGUGGUGGCCCGUCCCGUCGAGCAGAAUCUGCCCACGCCCCAGUACGCCCUGGAACCCGGCACUGCUGUAGUGCCCACGCGCGUUUUGGUCGAUCCCGCCGAGCUGGAGCGGUACCUUAUCUCCACCGGCUAUCCGGAGAUCUUUGGCGAGAGCUCCACGGCCUCCACGCCGCAGACCACCACGGAGGAUGAUCGCUUUGUGUAUCGCGGUGAGACCUCCAUGCUGAUUGACCCCAACAUCGACCUCGAGGAACUGCUGGCUCUGCCCGAGACGGAGAAGCUGCAGGUGGAGCUGAAGAAGGACGCCAACGGUCUGGGCAUCACCAUUGCCGGCUAUGUUUGCGAGAAGGAGGAGUUGUCGGGCAUUUUCGUGAAGAGUGUCUCGCCGGGAUCGGCGGCGGACCUGAGUGGCCGCAUCCGAGUCAACGAUCGCAUCAUCGAAGUGGACGGCCAGUCGCUGCAGGGCUACUCCAAUCACCAGGCCGUUGAGCUGCUAAAGAAAUCCGGUCAGGUGGUAAAUCUCCGCCUGGAACGCUACCUGCGUGGACCUAAGUUCGAGCAGCUGCAGCAGGCAAUCGCUGCCAACGACAAGCUUCCAUCCAGCGCUCCUGGAACGCCUUCAAGGGCUCCCCUGCCCACGCCAGUGGCCACCACAUCCUCGGCCACCACAACGCCAUCGCGCAGCAUAACCCGUGAGCUGGAAGAGGAGGCACUACCGGCGCCGGAAGCCUUUAUGACCACUCCGCCGUCGGUUACCACAAUGACCACCACCACACUGAGCUCCUUUGGAGCGGGCAAACAAUUGGUGGCAGUACGGGAUUCUCUGGAUGGCUCCACGAAGAUCAUACCCACGGAAGUUGUUCCCCUGGCGGAUAAAUCAGAGGCCAAAAACAGCGGUGUGAUCACGCGUCACAAGUAUUACACCGAUCCCGAGCUCUCCGACGAUGCGGAGACCGAGAUCAUUCGCAAGUGGCAGAAGAUUGUGGGCCCUGAUGUGGAGGUGAUUGUGGCCCAGAUCAAGAAGUUCGCCGUUGGCGGUUUGGGCAUCUCUUUGGAGGGCACCGUGGAUGUGGAGGGCGGACGGGAAGUGCGACCGCACCACUAUAUACGCUCCAUUUUGCCCGACGGACCCGUUGGUGUUAAUGGAGUACUCCGCUCUGGAGACGAACUGCUGGAGGUGAACGGCGAGCGAUUGCUAGGCAUGAACCACCUGGAGGUGGUGGCCAUUCUCAAGGAACUGCCGCUGGAUGUGCGCAUGGUAUGCGGCCGCAACAGGAACACCUCGCUGCUGCCCUUCUCCGAUGACACCCUCAAAAAACUGAGCAACAACUUUGAGAACCUGCUGCCCGCCACCGAUCGUCUGGUGAAGGCCAAGUCGGAUGGAAGUCUGGCCACCGCUGGCUCCGUUGGUGAUUGCGAUUCAGUGGCUGCUGCCGCCGCCUCCUUUAGCAAGCUCAAGUCGCGUUCCCUGGAGCCGCUGACCGGGCUGGCCAUGUGGUCAUCCCAACCGCAAAUCAUCGAACUGGUGAAAGGCGAUCGUGGCCUUGGCUUCUCCAUACUGGACUAUCAAGAUCCGCUGGAUCCCAAUGACACACUGAUUGUUAUCCGUUCUUUGGUGCCCGGCGGAGUGGCUCAAUUGGAUGGACGCCUUAUUCCCGGCGAUCGUUUGCUGUUCGUUAACUCCAUCAAUCUGGAGAACGCCUCGCUGGACCAGGCUGUGCAGGCCUUGAAGGGUGCCUCCAAGGGAGUGGUGCGCAUUGGAGUGGCCAAACCGCUGCCCAUGACGGACAACUCGCUGAAGGCCUGCAGCAAUGCGAGCACCACCAGCGAGGAGACCCUCGAUGCGCAGCCAUCGCCACCAGCCUUACCCACAGCUGCACCGCCUUCGAUGCCGCCCACUGCCUCCAAGGGAGCCGAACCGGAUCUGAUUCCCGACUGGCGAAACUAGGAUAGGAUACGAAAGGAUGAAUCGAAACAUUCCAGGCAGCUGAAUCUUUAACGCUGUUUCUUUAUACUGGCAAACUUGGUGGCAUCGGAAUUCUUCUUUAAAUCAAAAGAAUACUUAUGUUCUCUUUGCUACUAUUCCGAUUCCUCCAAUUUUGCUAGGCUAUACAGGAUACAGGACCGAUUGUUAUUACCGAAUCAAAAUGUUAUGCAUAUUAUUAAGCACCGAAUUGUGUUUGUCUCCCAGAAAACGCGCAUUCCACACAGCAUGCAAUAUCGAAAACCCCCUAGUAUUAGCAAAUGAAUUUUAACAUGGUAUUUCCAGAGUGUAUGUACUUAAACUAAAUUAAAUAAUUUCCUUCCGUA